AAUAUUUCAAGUGUUUAAGCCAGAAGCAGAAUUUUUAAGAUUGACAGAUUUAUUUGUAAAUAAAGUAAGAACAAUAACAUCGAGUCAUUGCGAAAAUUCUAAACACAAAAUAUAAAAAUGUUUCACUUUAAUAGUUUCAACAUGGAGUUCCUCGAUAAUGGUCGAAGUUUUCAGGAAACGUACAAGUGCUUCCCCGUAGCUAUGUUACCAGGUAACGAGCGUGAAGAUUUGGAGCGUGGCGGCAAAAUUAUUAUGCCGCCAUCAGCAUUAGAUGUGCUCACACGUCAUAAUGUCGAAUAUCCGAUGCUCUUCAAGUUGACCAAUCGCUUACAAAAACGCACUACGCACGCUGGCGUGCUUGAAUUUGUGGCCGAGGAAGGCAAGUGCUACUUGCCCUUGUGGAUGAUGCAAAAUCUCUUGCUGACCGAAGGUUGCCCCGUUCGUAUUGAGAGCGUCAGCUUGCCGGUCGCAACCUUUUCCAAAUUUCAGCCACAAAGCACUGAUUUCUUGGAUAUUACCAAUCCCAAAGCUGUACUGGAAAAUGCUCUGCGAAAUUUCGCAUGCCUCACUACUGGUGAUGUUAUUGCAAUCAAGUACAAUAAAAAAGUAUAUGAAUUGUGUGUGCUUGAAACGCGUCCGGGCGAGGCUGUUAGCAUUAUUGAAUGUGAUAUGAACGUGGAAUUCGAAGCGGCUAUAGGUUAUGAGCCAACCAAAUAUAAAUCAGAAGAACCACCAGUAGAGGAAGUGCAAGAUCAUGUCAUGGAGGAAGUAGUUGAGACAUUUUCAGGUUCGGGAGUACGUCUAGAUGGCAAGAAAAAGAAAGACAACCAAUUAGACGCACCAGUGGUCAAAAGGGUACUCGCCCGCGGUGUGCCCGAUUAUGAUUACCAGUUUGGCUAUUUAAAAUUUGACCGUUCAAUAAAACCUAUCGGGGAACGGGUAGUGAAAAAGGGUGAUGAAGAUGUCGAACCCGAAAGCUUCCAUGGUCAGGGCUUCUCCAUGAAAUCACGUAAACUUUAAAACCGUUAUAAAAAUGUAUGUCGCCAAUACAAAAUUUAAAAUUCCCAUAUUAAACCCUUCUCAACAUCAAUUUAUUCAAUAAAUUAUACGAGUAAUAACCACAUAA